AUGCGCAGGCCGCGAGAAGCUCCGCCGGGAGCUCAGUAUCUCUAUCCGGCCGGGUCGAAUCGAGCGCCGAGCGAUCGACCCGUGGUUGCUAGGCGACCAGGGCUGCUGUGCCCGCAGGGGUUCUUAAAAGAUUCGGGUUUCGGAGAAGAAAAACCUCAAGCCUCGCCCCGGGUCUUCCUUGACUUGACACAUUUUAUAACUGCAGGAGAGCAGUCUUUCCUUUGAUGAGGCAAAGACCCCAGCAAUGAAAGAGCAAGUGUAAGUUUGCAAACACCCGAAAAGCUUCUUCCAUUAGACUUGGUCUUGGGAGACCACAAGGGACAGUCAAGUGAUUUUCAAGGAGAAAGCCUCUGGUCCACUUUCCCUCCGCGGCAGGUUCCUGGGAGGAGCUCUUCACAAAUCCUAAAGAUUGCUAUGCUCUGGGCUAACGACUCAUCUCUUGAAGACCUAGAGUGGUGGAUUACAGGCAUUGAAAAGCUUUUGGUGGCUUUGGAAGAUGACUCUGUUUGGUGUGAGCUCACCUUUCCAGGCUGGGGGGCCAGGCAGAGGAACCCUCUUUGUUAUCUUUUGAAAUAAGAUCAGCGGGAACACGGUGUUUGAAGUGUGGAUUAGGAGGUCCUACCUCUUUGCCUGGCACCUCCGCCUGAACCUUCAUAAAAAGAUCGAGUAGUGUAAUGGAACUUCAGGAAUCAUGCAACGUCUCCUUGAAGCCUGUCCAGGAACCUAACUUCUGGACCCAGAAACGUCUCCAAAGACAGACCCGCCGAGCCAGGCAGUCUGGAUGCACCAGCACUUCUGCUUCGAAGAUUCUCUUUCGUCUUCUUCUAUUGAGAGAUUGACCUCUUGGGUGAUUUGUGUGCUUUCGGGCGAAUGAUGGAGGCACGUAAACCGGUGGGACUGCUGGCCUUGCCCUACUCGCUGCGCACCGCGCCCCUGGGCGUGCUGGAGACCCUGCCCGGACUCCCGCGGAGGGACCCGCUCAGGGUCGCCCUGCAUCUGGACGCGGUGUGCCGGGAGUGGGCGCGCGGCGGCUGCGCACGGAGACGGCAGUACCUGCCCCUGCCGCUGGACGGCGCCUUCGAGCCCGCCUUCCUCCGCAGGCGCAACGAGCGCGAGCGGCAGCGGGUGCGCUGCGUGAACGAGGGCUACGCGCGCCUCCGAGACCACCUGCCCCGGGAGCUGGCGGACAAGCGCCUCAGCAAAGUGGAGACGCUCCGCGCCGCCAUCAGCUACAUCAAGCACCUGCAGGAGCUGCUGGAGCGCCAGGCCCAGGGGCCCGAGGGCGCGGCCGGCGCCGCCCCCCAGCGCAGGGCGGAAUGCAACAGCGACGGCGAGUCCAAGGCCUCCUCGGCGCCGUCGCCCAGCAGCGAGCCCGAGGAGGCGGGCAGCUAGCCAGCGCCCGGGCCGGCCGGGACCCCGGCAGCCCCGCGCCCGCCGCACGGCUCUCAGCCUACGGUUCUCCCCGAAGGUGGUUUGCAUUCUUAAUCUGGUAUCUUCUCCAGGCCUAAAUCUUAGGAAAAAGCAAUGGGUGCUGGGGGUUGCGGGGAAGGGAGCUGUUUUGACAUUUGAGAAUUUCUCCCCUGCCCUUAUUAAGUGCAUGAAACUUAAGGGUGCUUGUUAAGGAAACUCUUCCAUACUUCUAAAAUGCAAACUGUUCCAGAUUCUGAGCGUCUCAUUGUAAAUACGAUUAUUCUAGAAACUCAAAGGGCGAGAAUAACUGGAAUUUCCUACCAUCCGUGGUGUGGGUAAAUCGUAUACGUAAGUAUUAAACCUUAACCAAAGAAGAACUUUACCACCACCAAAACAAAAACAACCCCAAACAGCCAAAAACAGUCUUUAAAAUGACAGCAACAUUUUCUUGCAUUCCUUCCUUUGGGAAUUAUAUUUGAAAUUUAAUUGAAAAAAAUUUUCGACCUCCUGCUUUGGGUGAAGGAGACUGUAAGCUGAUACUUGAGAACAACACGUGCUGUUGACUGUGUGAAUGAUGUUGCCAGGGAAGCCAUGGCUUGAUACACACUGUUUCAUCCAGUGGCCACGUGGAAGCUUUGUAGCAUUGAGCAGAUGAUAAUGUGUCUCAGAACUAAUGAUCUUUUUGGAAUAGAGCCCAGAUUUGUAUGAAAACUUGUUUUUCCUCUCAAUUGUUUUGUCCACUGUUUUUUUUUUUUUUUUUUCAUUUUCCUUUUCUCUGCAUUUCCCCCACGCCACUCC